GCCACACACACACACACACACACACACACACACAGAGCUCUGCUAAAGAUGUGAAAAUGGCCGAGCUACAAAUGCUUCUGGAAGAGGAGAUUCCAGCUGGACGGAGCGCACUACUAGACAGUUUCACUAACUUGGAAAGAGUCGCGGAAUACUGCGAAAGCAACUAUGUCCAGUCUCCAGACAAGGAGAGGGCGCUGGAGGAGACAAAAAACUACAACCAGUCCCUUGCCAGCGUGGCCUUCCUGAUCAACAUUCGGGCCACAAACGUCCGGCAGAUGCUGGACAUCCGGGCUUCGCACCUGCGCCGCAUGGAGUCCCCCAUCACCCACUUUUCCCAGACGGUGGACAUCCACAAAGAGAAGGUGGCCCGGCGAGAGAUCGGCAUCCUCACCACCAACAAGAACACAUCCCGCACGCACAAGAUCAUCGCCCCGGCCAACCCCGAGAGGCCCGUGCGCUACAUCCGCAAGCCCGUGGACUACAGCAUGCUGGACGACAUGGGCCACGGGGUCAAGUGGUUGCUAAGGUUUAAGGCCGGCGUUCAGAGCAUGAAGGCCGGAGGAGGCGCGCUCCCUCGCACAAACCCCCCCACGCAGAAGCCACCGAGCCCGCCCAUGUCGGGUAAAGGGACCCUUGGGCGCCAUUCCCCCUAUAGGACGCUUGAGCCGGUGCGUCCACCCGUUGUCCCUAACGACUACGUCACCAGCCCGACGCGCAACACGGCGCCCCCCCUGCAGAGCCCUGCACGCACUGCAUCCGUUAAUCAGAGGAACCGCACGUACAGCAGUGGCAGCAGCGGAGGCAGCCAUCCAAGCAGCAGCCGCAGCAGCAGCCGAGAGAACAGCGGCAGCGGCAGCGUGGGCGUGCCCAUCGCCGUGCCGACCCCAGCCCCGCCCAACGCCUUCCCAGCCCCCGUCCCGUCCAACCCGGCUAAACCUCCCCCCAACACUACAGCCACCACUCCCGGACCCCCUACCACUGCCCUAGACGGCCCCCCACAGGCCCCAAACCCCCCCGUAGAGAUCCCGCCGGUACCCCCGCCCCCACCCCAGCUCCCUGCCUCUGGGGGCCCACCUGCCCCCGGCCCCGCUGCUUUUGGCAACCCGGCACAAGGUGCCGCUCAGUUCUACAGCAUGAACCGGCCCGCUCAGCUGCCUCAGAACUCGCAGGUCGGAGGCUCGCUGCCGUACCGCCGACCCGCCUCCGUCACCGGCCAGCCCAACGCCGCCCUCAACCCGAGCCAGCUCAACGGGGGGCCGCACUUCGCCCAGAACCAAGUGAUAGCAGGCCCGCUCGCGCCCCCUCCCCCCUCCAUGCAGAUCACCCCCCAGCUGCCUCUGAUGGGCUUUGUGGCCCGAGUUCAGGAGACGAUCUCCGACGCGCCGCCGCCACCGCCUCCGCCCGCCGACGAGCCGGUGUUUGAUGACCCCGUGCCGCCGCCUCCGCCGCCGGAGGACUACGAGGACGAGGAGGAGGAGGAUGACGGGGAGGAGUCGGAGUCGGCGGUUGUGGAGUACAGCGACCCCUACGCCGAGGAGGACCCGCCCUGGGCUCCACGCACCUACAUGGAGAAAGUGGUGGCCAUCUACGACUACGCCCGGGACAAAGAGGACGAGCUGUCGUUCCAGGAGGGCGCCAUCAUCUACGUGAUCAAGAAGAACGACGACGGCUGGUACGAGGGCGUGAUGAACGGGACCACGGGCCUCUUCCCCGGCAACUACGUCGAGUCGAUCAUGCACUACGCCGACUGAACGAGCCUCCCUCUGGGGAGCGUUUGGAUGGGGGAGGGGGAAAGGGGGGGGGGGGAGGGAGGGAGGGGAGCCAAGGGUUAAAAGGUCAAAGACUUUGAUCAGACAGAGCAUGAUCACCUCCGGGCGAAGAGAGGACGCGGAGAGGAAGCUGCUGCCCACUCGCUCUCAACCACUACGAGCUUUUCUCCCCUGUAAUAUUUCUUUCUUUCUUCCUUCACCCGGCUGAGAACUGGACGCCGAUGGAUUUAUUGUACUUGAGAGUUUUUGAGUUACAUUAUGAGACCACUACAUUGUUUUUUUUGUUUUUUUUGUUGUCGUUUUCUGUUGCCCUUGUUUUAAAGAAUAUUUAUUUCGAUUUUUGUAGUGGGAUAAAAGGUGAGCAGGUGGGUCGGACCGGGUUUCCACGUCGCAGCCGUCGGACAAACGGCUGCAGGAGAGAACGCCUUCACGUGUCCAUUUUCUCCUUAACGCUGCAGAGACGACUUGGAGGAUAUGACUCGUAUAUAUAUAUAUAUAUAUAUAUAUUAUAUAAAGUAUAAUGCAACAACAAUAUCCUCGGUGGGAGAUGAACAGUAGUUCCGUACUUGACAAAACCGUUGUUUAGGUACCUCAUCAGAGAGCGUGCCAAAGCUGACAUUCACUAGGAAAAGCACAUGACAAGUCUUAAGGUGACACAGUAGACGACAGCGGUGAUUCCUUUGAUCGCCUCCGAGUUUUAAACUCAAAGUCUCCACGUGCUUCCCUUUGCGGACCAGGGUGUGCGUUUCUGAACGAAAAGGAAUCAAACCCCCCCCCCCCCCCCCCCCACCCAAGAAGAAGGCAAAGCACAAGGACCUGGACUCUGGCGUGAUUAAUAAACCGAUAUCCGCUCCACCGACGCGGCUCAUCGUUUGCAGCGUUCACGUGCAUUUGAAAGACUUUAGUUUCUUUGGCGCUUAGAGGUCCGGGAUCUGUUGUUGCUUGUGGAGCGGCAGACUGCAUGUUUCAAAAAGGAAAAGGAAAAGGGGGGGGGGGGGGCGGCAUUUAUUGUCUGCUCUACUGAGGAUUAAUGUCUUAAUAUUUUUAGAUAUGCUGUGAUUUGGUUUUUGAUAUUCACCCACGAUGCAUUGAGGUCCUUUCUAAAACGCUUGUGCCAUAUUGAAGUGCGUGUUGCUGUUCAGAGGUUGUCACUUCAUUUGCAAUAACCCGGACGAACGGGGGGGGGGGCGGACGGACCGUCGCAGGACUCCACAUCUGCAUUUUCUAUUUGAGUUUUAAAUCAAAAGCACAUUUGUAGUGGAAAGGUGUAGAAGAAGACCUAAUAUAAAUGUGAGAUGUAUUACGUCCUGCACACGGGACUUUUUGAAUAUGUAAAGAUGCCAGCUGUCGUGUUGAAAUGGUUUUAACAGUCGGCCGUAGCCCACCUGUACCCCCCCUCCCCCCGUCUGUGUAGGCGCUGCUGGGUGUCUGCGACGGCUCAGCGCUUCUGUCUUUAUUUUCUAUAAAAAGAGAAAAGAAAAAAAGAGCGAGAAAUAAUACCCAGUGGGUCUGUAUGUGAGUCUUGCAUGCCGUUGUUCUCAUCUGUACCGGUGUCCCAGAGGUCACCCCCUCUGACCCCAAAGAGACUGGCUGUCAUUACGUCAGUGGUAAAAAAAGAAAAAAAAGAGCUCCCCCCCCCCCUGCGCCACAAUCCAGGAGUGACCGUGGAUAAAUUUACUCCUUGCUUCAUAACAACUCGUAGGAUGACGCUAAAAUAAAAAGAGUCCCACCAGACCCGUCCGUUCUGCAGGAUUCACAGACGUCCAGUUUAACUCUCAUAAAUGGCCAUUGUGUUGCACAGUUAAAGUUGAAUUGCAGAAGUAUCAUAUUUUGUAAAUCAUGAGAACAAAGACAAUAAAAUUAUUAAGAUUUA